UUUCAAUUAUAUGUUCAAUUAUUAAUGUUCAACUGAGAGAAGUACUAAGAAGAAGUAUCCAAAAACCUCUGCAACUCAUUUAAUUGGGAUGUCCAAGAAUCCUCCAUAAUGUCAGGGAAUUCAUACUAAAUAUAGUUUGUCUUCUCUAACGGAUUACAUGGCUGUGGUUCCAAUAUGCUAUAAAAUGCCCUAUAAGGACCAAACUCAACCAAUUCAAAAUGUGAUUAGGCAUAGUGAGAGAGGAUUCUUGAGUGAGUGUAUUGCCUUUGCAGAUGUUACUAGCUGCUUUAUGUGCAGGAGAUGGCAUGGCUCAUAUCCUACUACUGAUAUCUUGACAAGAACUAAGAUUAAAGAAGGGAUAGCACCUAGAGGAUUAGCUUGUAAUCGAGUUUGUUCUAUACAUUUCAAGGGCAUGAUGGAAGUGAAUGUCCUACAAAGGGGUUGUCUUAGAGAAAGCCACCUAAGGUCCACUUCAGACAAUGAUUUGCACAGAGAAAAGUUCUCCAUGAUGUGUUAUGCAUCAGAGUCUGGUACUAAUGAGAUGCAGUUGAGAUCAUUAGAUUCUUAUUUUGAAAAACUUCAAGAUGAUGCAAAACUGCCUCCGGAUAAUUCAAACAACACCAAGGAACUACAUAGUAGAAAUAGUCAGUUCAGAUCAAAGAAGGAAUUGGACUCUCUCGAAAUCUACCUUGGCAAACUUAGAAAAGGCGCAAACUCAGAAAAUUACCCUUCAUCUACUUCCAUUGAAAACACUGCCAAAGGAAAUCAAGCAGAAAAACCGUUGUCUAUCAUCAAAAAUUCUAGAAGAGAUGAUGAAGAGGAACAAAAGAGUUACAUGGAACUAAGGAGAAGAAACAGUGGUAUUAGCCUUGAAAGCUCUCAAGAUUUACGGCAGUAUGACUAUGAUGAAACAUCCAAUCUCUACUUAAUAAGUUUAUUGGUUUCUAUAGACAUUGCGGUUUUCCUGUUUGAAAUAGCAAGUCCGAUAAGGAACUCUGACUUAGAGCUCCUUUCUCUUCCAUUACUAUAUGGAGCAAAGAUAAACCAAUUGAUCUUGGUUGGAGAAUGGUGGCGGCUACUAACGCCCAUGUUUCUGCACUCAGGAUUUUUUCACAUGGCUCUUGGUUGUUGGGGGCUUCUUACAUUUGGUCCUCAAGUUUGUAAAGGCUAUGGUUCUUUUACAUUUUUCUUGAUCUAUAUACUUGGAGGAAUUUCUGGCAACUUGACAAGCUUUCUUCACACAGCAGAGCCAACGGUUGGUGGGACAGGACCAGUAUAUGCCAUAAUAGGAGCAUGGCUCAUUUAUCAAGUCCAAAACAAAGACGUUAUUGCAAAGGAUGUUUCGGAUAGUAUGUUCCAGAAGGCAAUAAUUAUAACGCUCCUUGGCUUCGCAUUAAGCAAUUUCGGUCCAAUUGAUGACUGGACACACUUUGGAGCAGCUUUUACUGGAACAGCAUAUGGCUUUUUCACAUGCCCAACACUUCAGUUGGAUGAUGCAUCUUCAAGAACUGGUCAAGAAGAAGGAAUCACACUUGUUAAGCGAUAUGCUGAUCCUUGUAAAUCACUUAUUUUCUUCACCAUCUUCAUUAUUGUUUUAAGCUCUUUACUCUUUUUUAUUGAACCUCCUCUAAACGCCGUAGCGUCUGAGAACUUCGCAUAGAUGUGCAGAAUAGGAUGCAAUAUGGUAGUAGUGUUUCUAAAUUCAUGUAGCAUGGACUUGAAUAAUAGGUCUUUCUUCUUUUCA